GUGAUGUUGCCCUUCUUCUCUUCCAUGGCCACUCUCCCUUCACGCCACUUAUCUUCUUCCUCUGCUCCUUCUCCCUUGCUUCCUCCUCUACCAUCUCCAUGCUACCUCCAUAGCCUCGCAGAAAGGUGCUGCCAGGGUCCAAGGCUCUCUUCCUCCUCUUCCUCUUCCCCUCACAAGUCUGCCAGGCCCUUCCGCGCCUCCGCCUCUUUGUACAGCGGCGGGAGGCCGCUCGACACCCAGACGCUCAUCGUCACCGCCGCCACGAUCGCCGCCGUCUCCCUCUCCCUAUUCCUCGGCCUCAAGGGCGAUCCGGUGCCGUGCGAGAGAUGUGGCGGAAAUGGUGGUACGAAAUGCGUCUUUUGUAGCGAUGGUAAAAUGACACAGGAAACUCGUCUGGUUGAUUGCAGGGUGUGCAAGGGUGCAGGACUUAUACUCUGUAAAAAAUGUGGCGGUUCCGGAUACUCAAGGCGGUUGUGAGACUAUUGUCAACGUAUUCACUGCUCGCAAUCAAAAGUACAGAAGGGUUAUGAUAAGUUAGUUCAGAGAUCCAAUCAUCUGAGAAGUUUUUUGCUUUUUGUUUUUGUUUUCUUCUGAGCUCAGAUGAUGAAAUGUAAACAACAUGAAAGAAAUUGGGUAAACAAAUAUUGUUAUGGGAGUUUUCAACUGCGAAUGCUUAUGUAUAUUCCAUGGUUUCAUAUGGUAAAAUUAGUGUCCUUUCAUUCA